GUCAAUGCCAAGUGCUAUCUCACCCUAGAUGCCGAUUUCAAAUGGUUCGAUGACGAGUCAGACUUCAUCCCGACGAUCAGUGGAGGACUUGUCGCGAUGGGUCGCGAGUGGUUCAAUGCAACCGGUGGCUUCGACGAGGAGAUGCACGGCUGGGGCGGAGAGAACUUGGACCAGUCCCUUCGUGCUUGGCUUUGCGGCGGCGACAUCGUCCGGGCCAAGACCAGUCGCGUAGCUCACAUGUGGCGAACAGGUAAAGAUCGACGUACAGCCACGCACUACGUGAUCAAGGCCAGAGGCACCAACAACCGCGGCCGCGUGGUUGCGGCCUGGUUCGGCCCGUUCCGCGAAGUCUCGCGGAGUUCCGUGAAGGAGGACCAGGUGCUAAACUACAACGGCUUUAAGAAGAGGCUCCACUGCCUGCCCUUCAGCUACUUUCUGUACAGGUUCCGCAAGCUUUACAUUGAAGGCGGUGUCAUUGCGCGUGAGUAUUUCCGGCUGCAAGAGGUGGCCUCGGGCCUUUGUUUGGGCCGGAGAACCCUGGGAAACUGCACGCAGGGAGGGAAGCUCUUCUUGCAGCGCGGAAACGUUGACAGGGACACCGGCAGCUGCUGCUCAGGCAUCCGGCUGCAUGGUACCAACGACUGCUUUGACUACUUCGACCAGAGUGGCCCGCAUCCCUACUCCUGCGAUGUGAUGGGUCGCAACAUGAAUCAGCAGUACCGCCUCCUCGAGGACGGCCGCCUACAAAAAGGCGACGGCGAUUGCGUGGUGUCACGCAGUGGAGGAGCAGGAACAUUGGAGCUGAAGAAGUGUGAUGCCUUGUCUGGCAAUGAGGGCGCUUUUCGCAUUAUCGAGCGCCAAGAGCCCCGAGAGUACGAGCUCUACCGAGAGGAGCUGGCAAAGUACCAGUGGGACAAAGUGUUUCCCGACCUACCGGACAACUGA